AUGGAGCGCGAGCGGGCGGUGGGCGUCAUGUCGGCGCUGUGGUCGGUGGGCGCGGGGCUGCUGCUCCUGCUGCUGUGGGUGCGGCACCGCGGGCUGGAGGCCGUGCUGGUGCACCACCGCUGGGUCUUCGUCUGCUUCUUCCUCCUGCCGCUCUCCAUCCUCUUCGACAUCUACUACCAGCUGCGCGCGUGGGCCGUGUGGCGCCUCCACAGCGCCCCGCGGCAGCACGCCCAGCGCGUCCGGCACAUCCAGGAGCAGGUCCGGGAAUGGAAGAAGGAAGGCAGCAAGAGAUACAUGUGCACAGGCAGGCCUGGCUGGCUGACUGUGUCACUCCGUGUUGGGAAGUACAAGAAGACUCACAAGAACAUCAUGAUCAAUUUAAUGGAUGUUCUGGAAGUAGAUAGUGAAAGACAGGUCGUUCGUGUGGAGCCUUUGGUGUCCAUGGGCCAGCUGACUGCACACCUGAAUCCCAUGGGCUGGACUAUUCCUGUGGUGCCAGAGCUUGAUGAUCUCACAGUAGGUGGCCUCAUCAUGGGAACUGGCAUUGAGUCUUCAUCCCAUAUCUAUGGACUUUUUCAGCACACCUGUGUGGCCUAUGAACUUGUUCUUGCUGAUGGAAGCCUUGUGAGAUGUUCACCAACUGAAAACUCAGACCUAUUUUAUGCAGUGCCUUGGUCUUGUGGUACUCUGGGUUUCCUGGUUGCAGCAGAAAUAAAAAUGAUUCCUGCCAAGAAAUAUGUCAAAAUACAUUACGAGCCAGUAAGAGGACUGCAGAAGAUUUGUGAGAAGUUCACUGAAGAGUCUAAGAAAAAGGAGAAUAGUUUUGUGGAAGGACUUUUGUAUUCCUUGGAUGAAGCAGUCAUCAUGACAGGAGUCUUGACUGAUGAAGCUGAGCAAAGCAAGAUAAACAGAAUUGGCAACUACUACAAGCCGUGGUUCUUCAAGCAUGUGGAGAAGUAUUUGAAAGCUGACAGGACUGGAGUAGAAUACAUUCCUUCCAGACAUUAUUACCACAGACAUACUCGCAGCAUCUUCUGGGAGCUCCAAGAUAUCAUUCCUUUUGGCAAUAACCCUGUGUUCCGUUACCUCUUUGGCUGGAUGGUCCCCCCAAAAAUCUCUCUGUUAAAACUCACCCAAGGAGAAGCCAUUCGGAAGCUGUACGAGCAACACCACGUUGUGCAGGACAUGUUGGUGCCAAUGAGGAGCCUUGAAAAAUCAAUCCAGACCUUCCAUGUUGACCUUAAUGUGUACCCUAUUUGGUUAUGUCCUUUCAUAUUGCCCAACAAUCCUGGCAUGGUCCAUCCCAAAGGGAAUGAAACCGAACUCUACGUGGAUAUAGGAGCUUAUGGAGAGCCCAAAAGCAAACAAUUUGAAGCCAGGGCCUCAAUGAGGCAAAUGGAAAAGUUUGUAAGAAGUGUGCACGGUUUCCAGAUGCUGUAUGCAGAUUGUUACAUGACCCGUGAGGAGUUCUGGGAUAUGUUUGAUGGCUCAUUGUACCACAAGCUGAGGGAGGAGAUGAAUUGCAAGGAUGCCUUUCCAGAAGUGUAUGACAAAAUCUGCAAAGCUGCAAGGCACUGAGCCUGGCU